UGCAAUAUAAUAUCGUUUCCAACGUCAGAUAGCUUUGUGCGAUUAUUUUGACAUUUGUGACAUUGACAGUUGUUUGCAUAGGAAUCCACUUUCUGAUGGUAUUUAAACUUUGCUCAAUUUUGUAUGUUUAGACUUUGGCCUGCCAAAUAUGACUUCAUAAUAACAAUAUUAUGUGAUUUACAAGUAAUGCUUAAGUCGUUUAUCAUGUCUCUUUCACCGCAAAGUUUAUUAUCAGCCGCGGCUCGUAAACAUUGUGUAUCGAAGUUGAAAGAAUUGCCCUCGCUGAUCGUAAAUGAUGAAAAAGCUAAUGAAAGUGCGUCGGUGCUGGUGCCUUUAUGCGUGCACGAGGGCCAGGUAUGCCUAUUGUACACGCUUCGAUCCUCAAACUUAAAAAAUCACAGCGGGCAAGUGUCCUUCCCAGGAGGCAAGGCGGACGCCAACGAGACUAAUAUUGAUACAGCUUUAAGAGAAACUGAAGAAGAGAUCGGUGUUCCUCGCGACAGCGUGGACAUUUGGGGCUCAAUGCCUCAAGUUCAAGGUCGGAAUAAGAACUUAGCUAUUAAUCCAAUAGUAGGUGAGAUAAGAAAUUUCGACAUUAUCAAAUUGCAUAAAAAUCCAGAUGAAGUGGAAGAGAUUUUCUUAGUGCCCAUGCAGGCGUUUUGUGAUACGAACAAUCAUGCUCACUGGAUGUGGAAGGAAAUGCAGCUGCCUAUGUUCCUGUACGGGCGGCACAAGAUAUGGGGCAUCACUGGAGCCAUAACACACAUGUUCCUGAACUGUUUAUUGCCUGAAGGUGAAUUUAAAGGUGGCUUUUCUAGAAAAAAGUUUAAGCUGGAAGAGCUAAUGAAUUCUAAACUAUAAUUUUCUGCCCUAGAGACAAAAUUAACAAAUAUUGACCUCAUAUGCUAUGUGCAUAAUUUUGGUUUAAGAAAUUAGUGUUGUAGAACUAAAUAUGACGUGUUUGAUUUUGAGCCAUCAGCCCGUAUAGUCAUAAUCGUUAACACUCCGUAGCAUAGUGUAAUGAUCUCUCUAUUACUCAGGUUUAAAAAAAGGGUUGGCAACACGCAUGUAACACCUCUGGAGUUGCAGGCGUCCAUAGGCUGUGGUGACUCCUUACCAUCAGGCAGACCAUAUGCUUGUUUGCCAAUACUCUCUCAUAUUAGUGCAACAGUGACAGUUGUGUUUCAUUUGCUACGGAGCAUUAACAAUUGGCAUGUUGACUAUGCGGGCAGGAAUCUAUAGUGUUUUGAGGUCCAAAUAGGUAAAUUAUCCAAUGUUUUUUUUUGUUCUAAAUAAAGGAUAGUAGAUAAGGAUGUACCAACUAGUUGUGUGAAGUAGAUUAUAUGUCAACUGUUAAAAUGGACCCUAUCAAUAAUUGACUGAAACCAUAUUAAAAAAGACAAAAUAAAACGAUUUACUCACAUGUUGUGAAUAGUUGCUAUGUUACUAACUUAUUUAUUAUUUUACCACUAACCAUAAUCAUAAUUGAUCUUUGGUUAGGUAUAUGGAGAUAUAUGUAUAAAUAAAUAAAAUAAAAAUAGCCUUUAUUAUUGAAGUUUUUUUUUUUACAUUUGUAAGUAUAUUUAUUUAUCAUUUCCAUCGGCAACUCCAACUCGUCCCUUGACGAAGGCCUCUUCCAAAGUCUUCCAUUCUGGUCUAUUUCUUGCAACACUCAUCCAAGCUUUUCCUCCAGUCUUUCUUAGGUCGUUGGACCAUCUGUACUGUUGUGGCCCGCUUUUUCUGGUGUUAUAUCUUGGGCACCACUCCACAAGUUCUCUAGUCCAUUUAUCUUUGUUUUCCCUCAUUAUAUGGCCAGCCCAUCUCCACUUUUGUUGCUUGAUCACUGAUGAUAGGGUUUUGGUCUUGGAUUUUGCUUUUAUGGUAGUUAUUUUCACCCUAUCUCUUAGCUUUAUAUUUAAAAUGGUUCUUUCCAUGUUGUUCUGGCAAACAUUUAAUUUUUGUUCCUGUUUUUUAGUAAGUCCCCAUGUUUGACAACCAUAUGAUAAGACUGGUAUGAUACAACUUUUGAAAAUUUUAAAUUUCUGUCCUGUAGGUAUUUCUUUGGCUUUUAGGACAUCUUUCAAUGACCAAAAUUUCUUCCAGGCAUUUGUGGUUCUCCUCUGCAGCUCUUUGUCCAUCUGGUCUUCCGGUGAUAUUACUUGUCCUAGGUAUACAUAUUCAUUCAUAUACUCUAUUUCAUUUCCAUUAACGUCUAUUGGUGCCUUAGCACUGUUUGACAUUAGUUUUGUUUUUGACAUGUUCAUAGAUAGGCCAACUAGUUUGCUCUGUGUGUCUAGUUCUUCUAACAUGAUUUUCAGGUCUGUCGGGUUAUCUGAUACUAGUAUUAGAUCGUCAGCGAACCUUAGGUGAUUUAGUUUUCUGCCUAGAAUAUUGAGCCCAUAGUUUUCCCAGUUCAUUCUUCUAAAAACACUCUCAAGAA